CACCAGACAUGUUUGAAAAACAACAAAUGAAGUUUUGCAAAGGUAACAAUCAAAGAUCAAAUGGAGGAAUGUGCACGAGAGAUAACUCACCCUCACAAAUGAUGAAAGUGAAAACUGGGGGUUAACCUCGAACAUUAUAUAUGCCACGUGAGUUCCAGCGUCAUGUGACAAACUUAACGUGCACAAAAGAAACUUUCCGAACUCGUUACAUCACAAGACCGAAAUGUCUCUAUGGUCGCUGGUUUACGCUGCACCGGAUUACAACUUGAUCAGAUCCUGUACAUGAAGAAUACGAGUGACGAUCAGAUAUCAGUGAACUAUUGCCACCGUACUAAUCUAUGGGCUAGAUUGUUGUGCUACCUCGCUUACAUAGCUAUUUAUUCAUUUCGCUAUUCACCCACGCGCAUGCGCCGCAAGUAUCGCGAAUGGCAACAAUGUCGUUGGAUUCAGUCGAAGAUUAUCAAAAUUGUAAACAUUACGCUAGAAAAUGUUCAUUAGUUAGUCCAUGCUGCGACAAGGUGUAUGCCUGUCGAUUUUGCCAUGAUGAACACGAGGAUCACAAAUUGAUACGAACGAAUGUAGAACAGAUUGAAUGUAGACAAUGUGGACUUAGACAGAAGGUGUCUUCUAAUUGUGAAAAAUGUUUGAUAUCAUUUGGAAAAUACUACUGUGGAAAGUGCCGCAUGUUCGAUGACAAUGAUAAAGGACAAUUUCACUGUGAUGGCUGUGGUAUUUGUAGAGUUGGAGGACGUGAUAAUUUUAUUCAUUGUGAUACAUGUGGUUUUUGUUUAAGCAAAUCUAUUUAUGAUUCGCACAAGUGCCUUGAAAAGGUUUCCAGAAACAGUUGUGCAAUCUGUCUUGAGGAUUUACAUACUUCAACAAUACCUGCACAUGUUCCAAAAUGUGGUCAUCUCUUACAUUCGACAUGUUUCCAUGACCUGUUGAGAUCUGGGGGGUACACCUGCCCAACAUGCAAUGAGUCCUUGAUUGAUAUGUCAUCAACUUGGCGAAGAUUGGAUUCUACAAUUGCCUUGACACCAAUGCCACCAGAGUAUGCAAAUAUUGAUGUUAGGAUACUUUGUCGUGAUUGUCACAAACAUUCGACUACGAAAUUUCAUAUCGUUGCAUUGAAAUGUGGUGAAUGUGGUUCAUACAACACAUGUCGCGAUGACGCCGACAAUGUUAAUGGGGACGUAGUGGCAGAGGAGGAUAAUGUUGAACAUGAAAAUAUAAUUAUAGAUGAUGAUGAUGGACCAGAAAGUUCAGAUGACGACGACAUCAUUGAUGACGUAACCGACAAUGAUUCUUCUUCCUCAGAUUUAUCGUUAGAUUAGGUUUUGUGUGCAAUAGCGUAGCCAGCCAGCAAGUUUUACUCCUGCUAUGCCUCGGUCACACUGCAUUCGAUAACGAUCCGAAAAAAAAAUCGCUCGUUAUUCAAACUCUUCUGUGCGGUCACAUUGCAGCGAUAAUGAUAACGAUUUAUCGUUAGUAUGUGACCAUUGAAUUUCUUAUAGUUUAUCGUUAUCGUUUAUUGUUAUCGUUAUCGUCGAACAGUGUGACCGAGGCUUAAAUGUCAGACGAUUAUCAUUAUUUAUUUCUUUAGAAUUCAUUUGUUUUCCAGUGAUAAUGAACACUGAAAAAUUAACAUAACAGGACUAAAUAAGCAGGCUUGCACCGCCAGUGUUGAACGAAAUUAUAUAAAACUAAUCAGUGACUCUAUCCGGGGUUUUUAUCAAGUUUUAUGAACAUUA